AUGAAUGACAAAAAAAUUCGUCGACUAAAAGCUGCCAAAACUUUAUAUGAUAAAGACGAUGUGAGAAUCGCUCACUAUGAAAAACAAGAGAUGAUCAAUAUCAUUCAAGAUAUCAGAUAUCAUUCACCGGAGUUGAGUGAAAUGGAUGAGAAAAAUGCGGAAGUAUUGGAUCCUUAUUCAUUUACACAACAAAACGCACAACUAACCAGACGUAGAAAUUAUGAUGAUACGUUGCAAAAUUUUGACGUCCAACCUCCGAACGAUGCACCACAAUGGACAUGUGUAGAACCAGGAAAUGGUAAUGUCGUAUAUGAUUCUGAUAUAGGAUACGAGAGUAUAUACGAUGACUAUAUGUACGAUGAUGCUGACACCGUUGUGAAUGAAGUUGAUGAUGAAAGUCGUCUUGAAGGUGUUAUAUUAUAUAAAUAG